GAUUUUGGAUUGAGAUGUUCGACGAGGAGGUGUCCACAUACUUUUGGUCAUGUAGUGUACCUCUUUAUUUAGGUUGAUUGCAUGACGUUGAAACGAUGACGUUGAUUCAAACAUACCAUUUUACUAUCAACAUUGAAACAAGGUCAAAUAAAAUAUGUCUAAUCAAAUAUGAAAUUCAACAUCAUUUCAACCACCCAUAUAGGAUGAAAAAUAUUUUUACAGUUUCUACGUGGAAUUUUCAACAUAAUUUCAACAUAUACAUAGUUCUUAUGAUGAUGUUGAAAUUAGAUUGAUGUAUCAACCUGUUAGUCAUGUUAAGUCAUUGUAUUUAAGUUGAAGUUUUACCCUAAUUUAAAUGUUUACAACGUUUGUUGAAAUUAGAUGAAAACCAUACUAGUUUACUUUUUGCAAAUCCAAAUGUGUUUUCCACAUAGAUUCCACAUCACAAUAGGUUGACAAAUGACGUUGAAACGUUGGUUCUACCAGUGUGUGCCCGGUGAGUUGCUUGUCUGUCUUUCUAGCCCUCUACACAGGGGUGGUCAACACUUUGUUCUACUAAUCAGCCUUGUCAAGGUCCUGACUCGCUUCCUACCCCUUCCCCUAAUUAACCUAAGGACCAUCAGGACCUUGACAUGUUGAAUCAGGUUAUAGCAAGGCUGGAACAAAAGCCUGAAUACCUAGCUCUACAGCUCUGUACAGCCACCCUUUCUCUGCCAUCAUUACUUCCCUCUCUGCUCUACCCUCUAUCUCUCAACCUAUAAAUCCUCCACCACUGCUCCUGUAUCCUGCUCUAUCACUGACAAUACUAUACAGAGGAUGUCAAGGAGAGCAUUAUAUAGAAAGAAGGGAAGUAUAAGUAUUUUCUAUAUACUGUACCAUUGUUUACAAGGGGAUCAUUUAUAAAACUGUAACAAGGGGAUCUUUUUAUACUCAACAUGGACAAACAUUAACUGUGUAAAGCUCAGUCUUUGUGCUGUUUUUAAUAUGAUGAAGAGAAGUGUUGGUUCUUUAUGUAAUGUUUAAACAGUAGGCCUAUAUUGUAUGUGUAUGAAACCCUAAUAAAGUAUAAUAAAAUAAAGUGUAGGUUAAAAACAAAGUAUAACAAACGUAUGUUAACUGUAGUUUGAUACUGAUCGGUUCUGGCUAUGCACAGAAAAUGUAUGUUAUAACUACAAUUGUCUUUUAUCGCAUCCCGGAGGACACUGAAAACAUUGUGAAAUGAUUACCGGAGCAUGGGAUUCCCGCCGGCGAGCUACUGAGUCAUUGAAAGUUAUAGUGCAUAAAUUGGGUUGGGCAACCCCAUCUCUCUGUGUGUGUGUGUGUGUGUGUGUUUUAUCAUACGGGGCGGUAUGAACAUUGGGGUGUAGGACAUGUGCGCCCCUCCUCUUGCUUGUGACAGAUAAUAGUAGCGGGUGUGAGAGAAGGAUUUGAACUUGCAGCCGGGGCAGAGUGGAGGAGACACCUAGCUGAUGUCCGAGCAGACUGCGCUCUGAGGAGAGAGAGAAAGAGAGCUCUAUAAAGCUGUGACCAAAACAUCUGUGCUGUAAUCUACUCUUCUGGACCUGCGUCUGGUUCUGGGACUAGAGCCCGGGCUCUUUGGAAACUAGAUCGAAAACUUACUUGGUGGAUAUCAGGACCCAAGGUUCUGUCGAGAUGUUACAUCUCAGGCACCUGCUCUGGCUUGUGCUUCUUUGUUGUGCUUUCGCUGAACAAGAUCCAUCAUGGAGAAUGAAGGUAGAGAAGGCUGCCCCCACUAGUGGCUCUCUGGCGGGCAGGGUGGUGCUACCAUGCCACUUCUCCAUCACCCCCACCUCCUCAAACACCCCCACCACACACACCCCAACACCCAGCCACAUCCCCACACUCACCCGUAGCACACAGGGCCCAGAGGACCAGCUGAGGAUUAAGUGGACAAAGCUGGAGGGAGAUGGGGAGCGUGUGGUGCUGGUGUCCCAGGGAGGAGGGAUCAAGGUGGAGCAGGGGUACAAGGGCAGGGUGUCGGUGCCCAACCACCCCCAGGAAGAAGGUGACGCCUCGCUGAUCGUUGUGCACCUGAGGGCUAGCGACGCUGGGCUGUACCGCUGCGAGGUCAUGCAUGGCAUGGAGGACACCCAGGAUACUGUUCAUCUCAAUGUCAGCGGUGUGGUGUUCCACUAUAGGUCUGGUUCCAGCCGCUACACCUUUUCCUUUCCUGGGGCCAUUGACGCGUGUCGCGCUAACGGGGCAACCAUCGCUACGGCUGAACAGCUGACUGCCGCCUUCGAGGACGGACUGGACCAGUGUGACGCCGGCUGGAUAGCCGACCAGACCGUCAGAUACCCAAUCACGAAGCCCCGUCCUGGUUGCAUGGGCGAUUUGAAUCACAGGCCUGGGAUCAGGACGUAUGGGCUCAGAGACCCUAAAGAGACCUACGACGUCUACUGCUAUGUAGACAAACUGCACGGUGAGGUGUUCUAUGCUCCUAUCCGUUACAAGCUGACCCUUCGCCAGGCUAAGCGUGUGUGUGAGAGGCAGGGGGCAGUGCUCGCCUCCCCUGGUAACCUGUUCGCCGCGUGGCAUGGAGGCCUGAAUCGCUGUGACUACGGCUGGCUGUCAGACGGGAGCGCCCGCUACCCCAUAUCCGUCCCCAGGCCCCAGUGUGGAGGAGGACUGCUGGGGGUCCGGACUCUGUACCAAUUCCCCGACCAGACUGGCUUCCCCAACCCUAUUAACAGACAUGGAGCUUUCUGUUUCAAGGGUAAGGAACCAGAGAUCACCACUCCUGGACCUGUGACGACCACAGCUACAGACAGACCUCACACUACCUACCACACAGGCAGACCAAACCUUCCAGGCACAACUCCCACAGACAGAACUGACCACACAGCAACAGACAGAACUCACACAGCUGUAGACAAUCCUCACCACACAGACCGACCACACCAAACAACUGCAGACCAAGACAGAAGUCAACAUACAGGUGGACCACACGACACAGCUUAUACAGGCACAGACAGACGUUACACUGCUACUGACAGAACACACACCACCAAAGACAAGUAUCACUCCACUGACCACAAGACAACAGACAAAGACAGAACUACCCAGAUAGGAGACAGAACAACAGACAGAACGACAGACCAAAAUACAGACUUCUCUGUUGGUACCACUCAGUUCCCUGAGUAUGAUGGGGAUGCCUUUGUCCUAGACCUAACCAAGGUAGAGUCACUGCCCUCCGUGGGUGAUAGCCUGUUACCUCUGCAGCUGCCCCCUCUCCCCACCAUCCGCUCCAAGCCCACCCACCCCCACCUAGACAUCAUCCAGGGGGGAGACCUGGAGGGAGACAAGGAAGAGGGGGAGGUUCAGACAGGCUCAGGCAGGGGGGAGAGCAGUGGGAGUGGGGAGGGGAGCAGUAGUGAUGGGGAAAGUGAGGGGAAGGACCAGGGAGUAGUGACUCCCACACAUGGCUUCAUGGUAGGCACAGGACUGGGUUCGGACCCCUCACGCCCAGGACAACCAGGGUACCCAGGGCGUCCAAGGGGGUAUCCAGGGUCGGUCACCCCAGAGCAUGGCCACCCAGGUGGGGACAGAGUGACAGAACAGCAGCCUGCUGUGGUCUACAAGGAGGAGGAGGGCAAGAGCUAUAGAACAACAACCCACAGCCAACCAGGAGCCACGGAAUCAUACGGCAUGGACCAAUCGGUGGCCAUCCAUAAGAAGGCCUCGCCCACCAAACCACCAUUCCACCUCAUCAUCGUCAAUGUGCACGACAGGAACCAAUCAGUGGAACACAUCCUGCAGAUUCUGGGACAGCCUUUAGGGGGUAAUGGAGAUUUCCAGUCCCCUCUCAUCCCAGCCUUCCCAGUUACCCAGAGUGAGGCCAUUCACGGCAGCGAGGACUCUGACGGCAUCCAUCCCAUCCCUCUCCCCCCAACGCUCAGCAUUAUCAACGGGAAACACCAGGAGGCUAGAGGAGACCAGUUUGAGACGGCCACACCAGUCCAUGGUGAACUGGGAGGAGAGAUGGAGCAAGAAGAGGAGGAGAAGAGCCCCACUCCCUUUGACUAUGACGCCAUCCAUACUGGAGAGACCAGCGAGUCCACUGCUAUAGACACAGACAGAGAUACAAAAAGACACACAGCUAAAGACACAGGCAGAGACAGGACAGGAAAGACAGAGAGCUCCAAAGGAACAACCACUACUUCCCGCGACACAUCCCCAGUCUCUUCCCCAGUCUUAGCCUCAUCCCCUAGUUCCCCCCAUACUUCCCCAGAUGGCAUCGCCCCCUAUGAGGACAUGGAGGGGUCAGGCGGCCGUACCCAGGAGGGCUCAGCAGAAGACACCCGACCCACCCCUGCCUCAGACAGCCAAUCAGGCGUGGUCACAGAUGAGACGGAGAUUGGAGGGGCGGAGAGUGUCACACGCACCCCAUCUCACCCACUCUCCGCUCACACUAAGGACACAAACACUAUUGACACUUACACCAAGGACACACACACUCCCUCACAGACAGAGGCGGGAGACUUCGAGGGGUCUACAUCGGCAGAAGAGGAAGGCUCAGCACAGGAGGUGUACCCACCUGAAGACCCCAGAUACACUAGCCCUGGCAGUCCUGGAGCCAUCGAGGCUCCCCUGGUGGGGCCUGGGGUGGACGGACAGGUGACUGUUACACCCAAACUAGGAACCAGGCCAGGAGCCAGACCAGGAACCAGGCCAACCCAGGCAGGAGUGACUGUAGGAGACCACACUGGACAUCACACAGACUCUUCUACACAGCACAGAGACCACUCCCACCAACCUGCCACACAAGAUAAAGAUCUCUCCACUCAUACUAAAGAUCAAACCAGAUACCCUUCUACAGAUUGGAUGGACCAAACCACUCAGCAAACCAAACAGGAUAGGAAUCACUCCACAGACACUAAGGAUCAUUCCAAAUACCCUGCUACACAAACCACCCAGCGUCCAACACACGAUAGGGAUCCCACCAAGAACCAAACCACACACGAUAGAGAUCACUCCACACACACUAAGGACCAAACCAAACAACCCUCUGACCCUAGAUUCCCCACCACCCACCAUAAGGACCAAACCAGUCACUCUACCACAGAUCAGAAGACCCCACAGCACCUGAACCAAAUGCAUACACCCCCUGCACACCCCUCCACUUCACUUCCCGCCCACCCCUCCCACCCCAUCCCCGACUGGGCCCUGACCCCCCAGGACCCCCUACCUGAGGGGGAGGAGUUUGUGGAUUAUGACCGUGUGAUUGGUCCUCCUCUGCCGGAGGCCGGCCCCCCUGUUCCUGAUGAACGUCAGUCCACAUACCAGCCUGAAACAGAAACUGACUACUACAUCGAGGCUCAGUUCGUCGAUGUCAGGGGACUGCAGCAGUGCACAGUGAAUGUGUGUCUGAACGAAGCAUCCUGCUACCAGAGAGGCAGCGCCAGCAUCUGUGUGUGUGAACCUGGAUACAUCGGAGAGCACUGUGAGACAGAUGUUGAUGAGUGCCAGUCCAACCCAUGUCAUAAUGGAGCCACCUGUAUAGACGGAGUCAACUCCUUCACCUGUGUGUGUCUGCCCAGCUACACAGGACAGCUCUGUGAACAAGGAACCAGACCAGGAGCCAGACCAGGAACCAGACCAGGAGCCAGACCAGGAACCAGGCCAACCCAGGCAGGAGUGACUGUAGGAGACCACACUGGACAUCACACAGACUCUUCUACACAGCCCAGAGACCACUCCCACCAACCUGCCACACAAGAUAAAGAUCUCUCCACUCAUACUAAAGAUCAAACCAGAUACCCUUCUACAGAUUGGAUGGACCAAACCACUCAGCAAACCAUUCAGGAUAGGAAUCACUCCACAGACACUAAGGAUCAUUCCAAAUACCCUGCUACACAAACCACCCAGCGUCCAACACACGAUAGGGAUCCCACCAAGAACCAAACCACACACGAUAGAGAUCACUCCACACACACUAAGGACCAAACCAAACAACCCUCUGACCCUAGAUUCCCCACCACCCACCAUAAGGACCAAACCAGUCACUCUACCACAGAUCAGAAGACCCCACAGCACCUGAACCAAACGCAUACACCCCCUGCACACCCCUCCACUUCACCUCCCGCCCACCCCUCCCACCCCAUCCCCGACUGGACCCAGACCCCCCUACCUGAGGGGGAGGAGUUUGUGGAUUAUGACCGCGUGAUUGGUCCUCCUCUGCCGGAGGCCGGCCCCCCUGUUCCUGAUGAACGUCAGUCCACAUACCAGCCUGAAACAGGAACUGACUACUACAUCGAGGCUCAGUUCGUCGAUGUCAGGGGACUGCAGCAGUGCACAGUGAAUGUGUGUCUGAACGAAGCAUCCUGCUACCAGAGAGGCAGCGCCAGCAUCUGUGUGUGUGAACCUGGAUACAUCGGACAGCACUGUGAGACAGAUGUUGAUGAGUGCCAGUCCAACCCAUGUCGUAAUGGAGCCACCUGUAUAGACGGAGUCAACUCCUUCACCUGUGUGUGUCUGCCCAGCUACACAGGACAGCUCUGUGAACAAGGAACCAGACCAGGAGCCAGACCAGGAACCAGACCAGGAGCCAGACCAACCCAGGCAGGAGUGACUGUAGGAGACCACACUGGACAUCACACAGACUCUUCUACACAGCCCAGAGACCACUCCCACCAACCUGCCACACAAGAUAAAGAUCUCUCCACUCAUACUAAAGAUCAAACCAGAUACCCUUCUACAGAUUGGAUGGACCAAACCACUCAGCAAACCAAACAGGAUAGGAAUCACUCCACAGACACUAAGGAUCAUUCCAAAUACCCUGCUACACAAACCACCCAGCGUCCAACACACGAUAGGGAUCCCACCAAGAACCAAACCACACACGAUAGAGAUCACUCCACACACACUAAGGACCAAACCAAACAACCCUCUGACCCUAGAUUCCCCACCACCCACCAUAAGGACCAAACCAGUCACUCUACCACAGAUCAGAAGACCCCACAGCACCUGAACCAAACGCAUACACCCCCUGCACACCCCUCCACUUCACCUCCCGCCCACCCCUCCCACCCCAUCCCCGACUGGACCCAGACCCCCCUACCUGAGGGGGAGGAGUUUGUGGAUUAUGACCGCGUGAUUGGUCCUCCUCUGCCGGAGGCCGGCCCCCCUGUUCCUGAUGAACGUCAGUCCACAUACCAGCCUGAAACAGGAACUGACUACUACAUCGAGGCUCAGUUCGUCGAUGUCAGGGGACUGCAGCAGUGCACAGUGAAUGUGUGUCUGAACGAAGCAUCCUGCUACCAGAGAGGCAGCGCCAGCAUCUGUGUGUGUGAACCUGGAUACAUCGGACAGCACUGUGAGACAGAUGUUGAUGAGUGCCAGUCCAACCCAUGUCGUAAUGGAGCCACCUGUAUAGACGGAGUCAACUCCUUCACCUGUGUGUGUCUGCCCAGCUACACAGGACAGCUCUGUGAACAAGGAACCAGACCAGGAGCCAGACCAGGAACCAGACCAACCCAGGCAGGAGUGACUGUAGGAGACCACACUGGACAUCACACAGACUCUUCUACACAGCCCAGAGACCACUCCCACCAACCUGCCACACAAGAUAAAGAUCUCUCCACUCAUACUAAAGAUCAAACCAGAGACCCUUCUACAGAUUGGAUGGACCAAACCACUCAGCAAACCAUUCAGGAUAGGAAUCACUCCACAGACACUAAGGAUCAUUCCAAAUACCCUGCUACACAAACCACCCAGCGUCCAACACACGACAGGGAUCCCACCAAGAACCAAACCACACACGAUAGAGAUCACUCCACACACACUAAGGACCAAACCAAACAACCCUCUGACCCUAGAUUCCCCACCACCCACCAUAAGGACCAAACCAGUCACUCUACCACAGAUCAGAAGACCCCACAGCACCUGAACCAAACGCAUACACCCCCUGCACACCCCUCCACUUCACCUCCCGCCCACCCCUCCCACCCCAUCCCCGACUGGACCCAGACCCCCCUACCUGAGGGGGAGGAGUUUGUGGAUAAUGACGGUGCGAUUGGUCCUCCUCUGCCGGAGGCCGGCCCUCCUGUUCCUGAUGAACCUCAGUCCACAUACCAGCCUGAAACAGGAACUGACUACUACAUCGAGGCUCAGUUCGUCGAUGUCAGGGGUCUGCAGCACUGCACAGUGAAUGUGUGUCUGAACGAAGCAUCCUGCUAUCAGAGAGGCAGCUCCAGCAUCUGUGUGUGUGAACCUGGAUACACCGGACAGCGCUGUGAGACAGAUGUUGAUGAGUGCCAGUCCAACCCAUGUCGUAAUGGAGCCACCUGUAUGGACGGAGUCAACUCCUUCACCUGUGUGUGUCUACCCAGCUACACAGGACAGCUCUGUGAACAAGACACGGAGGUGUGUGAGUAUGGCUGGCAGAAGUUCCAGAGCCAGUGUUAUAAGUACAUCACCCACCGUCGCACCUGGGAUGCUGCCGAGAGGGAGUGUCGUCUCCAAGGAGCCCACCUCGUCAGUGUCCUGUCACAGGAGGAGCAGCUGUAUGUCAACGGUCUGGGCCAUGACUACCAGUGGAUCGGUCUAAACGACAAGAUGUUUGAGAGAGACUUCCGCUGGACUGACGGCAACAUCAUGCAAUAUGAGCACUGGCGUCCCAACCAGCCAGACAGUUUCUUCCAGUCUGGAGAGGACUGUGUGGUGAUGAUCUGGCACGAGGGAGGACAGUGGAAUGACAUACCCUGCAACUACCACCUCACCUUCACCUGCAAGAAGGGCACAGUCUCUUGCAGCCAGCCCCCAGUAGUGGAGGAUGCUUGUGUGUUUGGUUCUAUGAAGCCUCGUUAUGAGAUCAACACUCUGGUUCGUUACCACUGUAAAAACGGCUUCAUACAGAGACACCCCCCCACCAUCCGCUGCCGUGACAACGGCCAAUGGGACAGCCCCAAGAUCACCUGCAUGAGCCCCGCUACCUACCAGAAGUCUUUCGCUUCUAGGAAACGCACCGAUAAUCACAAUCAUAACCAGAAUCAGUACAAUCACAAUACUCACAACCAAAACCAUGACCAGUACAACUAUCAAAACCAACAAUACAACAGCCAAAACAAUCAAGACCAACAGAAGAACUACAACCAGAAACUUUAGGGCAGCUGUAACCAAAAGCAAAAACAGCAGAGCGAGAGGAGUCAUCAACACUAAUCUGAUCUCUGGUCAGUUCUUAAAAGCGCAGCUAAGGUUGCAACAUUUCUGGGAAACGUGUACAGUUAUUCUACAUCCCUAAUCCCAGACCAACUCUGAUCAGAUCUCAUCCAACAGGCUUGAUAGGACCCAUAGAUAUACAUAUAUAUCUAUUUAUAAAUAUGUAUAGCUAUGGCUCUGAAUACAGCCAUGGGGGUAUUUCACAAGGCACAGUCAUAAUCAGCAAGCUAACUCUGAUAAACUCUGAUAAAACACUUUUCUAGUUUAGAACCAGGUUUUAUAAACAAUGUUACAUAGAGUAUUGAGUCCAUUUCAAAUUCAGCAAGGACAAAUUAAUUUUCAGAAUAUUUAUUUAAGUUAGCUGGCUAACUUGAUUUUGAUCUUGCUUAGUGAAAUCCACCCCAGAUCAUGUCUAAUUCUUCCUACAAACGUGACACACAGUGCCUUAAUGGUUAAUACAGCAACAAUGUCCAUCUCUAGAACAGGAGAGCUUGACCACUCCUGCUCUAGAGGGACACAUCUCAAUCCAGUGCCUUCUGAACGUUUCCACUUUACCCUGUUUCUUUACCCCAUAGAAAUAAUCCACUGAAAAUAA